CGGAAUGGUGGAGAGGGUGGAGUGGAGAAGUGAAUUCAUUCUUCGUGUACUUUUUUCAUUGUUGGAAACAUCACAUUUCAUUUUUUUCCUUUAGUCAGAGGAAGACAUUUUCUUGUUAUAUUUCAUUUUAAAAAUAUUCUCGAUACUUUCUGUGUUCUCUUCAAAGUUUAUUAUUCAUUGAACCUCAAGAUGAGUCGCAAAGAAGCUCUAUCUCACUUCAUUCAACAGAUUCAUGGAAGACCAGUCGUCGUUAAAUUGAACAAUGGUACAGAUUAUCGAGGUGUUUUAGCGUGCUUGGAUGGUUAUAUGAAUAUUGCUUUAGAACAAACCGAAGAAUACGUCAAUGGUCAAUUGAAGAAUAAAUACGGAGAUGCUUUCAUCAGAGGGAACAAUGUCCUGUAUAUAAGUACUCAGAAAAGAAGGAUAUGAAUUCCUCAGGCGCUGUGAACUCUGAAGAAACUGAAAGAACACUCAUGUCAAAUGGUGUUUUCGAAACGUCCGGUGUCGUCGAGUGAGAUUGCUGGGCUGAAAAAGAAGAUGCCCUAACUACCAAGUAUUGUCGGAGUAUGGUUGGGUGGUGUGAAUAUUUUCGAUGUUGUUAUUUAUUGUUGUAUUCGUUGUGUUGAAGAACUCAUUAUUGUGGUAUUUACGAAUAAUAAAAUGGUUUUUUGUCAAAA